UGAAUGUGAGGGCACCACUACACUAUCCAAGGAGGGAGACAAGUGUUGGUGAGGGCCAGGAGAUGGCAUUUGAGGAAGAGGUUGUGGAGAUAGUGUGUGGCUGCUUUGGGAGUGAGAAAGCAGGAGAAAAAGGAAAUGAAGUAGGCAGGGAGAGGCAGUGAUUGGGAAUGAGAAUCAGAGAGAGGGGAUAGGUGGAUGUCACAGUGAUAGAAGGAACAAGCUGCGAGUUGAAGACAAAAAUAGAAGGGCUGGGUCAGUUAGAAGCUGCAGAGAGCAAGGGGCUUGGAUGAGAAGAGGAAGAGCAGUAAGGUAGAAAGUGAUUAUCCCAGAAUCCAUUUCAACAGAUGGAGUGGUUGGGUACCAAAUGGAUUCCACAGUGUCUAAAUUAACAAGGCAGUACCUGCCAUACUACUGCUCUUCCCAUUGUCCGAACAUCUACGCUGAUGAUGCAGCCUUCGCUGGAUAUCAAACCAUUUAUGCCUUUCCAAGUGGAUGGCAGUUCUGCAGUUGGACUCUUCCCAAAUUUUAACACUAUGGAUCCAGUGCAAAAGGCAGUUAUAAAUCAUACUUUUGGUGUGUCACUCCCGCCAAAGAAGAAACAAGUCAUUUCUUGUAAUGUUUGUCAACUUCGUUUUAAUUCUGAUAGUCAGGCCGAGGCCCACUACAAAGGAAGUAAACAUGCCAAGAAGGUCAAGGCAUUAGAAGCAACGAAAAAUAGACCAAAACCUGGUGCUUCGAAGGACAGCGCAAAGGCCAAUGUGAAUGGCUCAGCUACCCCAGUCACGAUCAGCAUCACUGACAAAUCAGAAGACAGGGCAAAUCUGAAAGCAAAUGGUUCUAGCCAGCUUCCCAGCACAGAUGUUGCUCCCUUUAUAUGCGAAUCUGCAGCUGCUGCCACCUCUGCUGCCACCACCACCACAACGACACCAGCGCUCUCAAUUUCUUCCAGUCGCACAAAUGGAAUUACAAAUGCCAUUUCUGAAUCAGAAGAGGAAAAAGCCAAAAAAUUGCUUUACUGCUCUUUAUGCAAAGUGGCUGUGAAUUCCCUAUCGCAGCUAGAAGCGCAUAACACGGGUUCCAAGCACAAGACAAUGGUUGAAGCUCGGAAUGGUGCAGGUCCAAUUAAGUCUUAUCCUAGGCCUGGAUCCAGACUGAAGACUCAUGGCACUACCACAGGUUCAGGAUUGCAGAACAAAACAUUUCAUUGUGAAAUCUGUGACGUGCAUGUCAAUUCAGAAAUUCAGCUUAAACAGCACAUUUCCAGCAGAAGACACAAGGACAGAGUGGCAGGGAAGCCUACAAAACCAAAAUAUAGUCCUUAUAACAAACUACAGCGCAGUCCAAGUAUUCUAGCAGCAAAACUCGCAUUCCAAAAAGAUAUGAUUAAGCCGUUGGCUCCCGCUUUCCUUUCGUCUCCUCUUGCGGCUGCAGCUGCUGCAGUAUCCACAACAUUGACUCUCCCACCUCGUCCUUCGGCAGCUUUGUUCCAGGCCCCUGCAAUCCCCACAGCUCUUCUAAGGGCAGGGCACGGCCCUCUCCGAGCCACUCCAACAUCCAUCCUGUUUGCACCCUACUGAUUUUUAUCUGCAUCAACACGUGGACUGUGACCAUUUGGGAAAGAGACAACAGGAAACAGAGUUUUCCAUAUUUUUCAAGGACAUAAGGCACCCAUGCCUAAUUACAGUCCAAGGAAACAGGUUGUGGAACUCUUCAUUGACGGGUAUGGCAAUCAAGGAUGUUGCUGUUUGGGCUUUCUAAAACAACAAUAAUAAUAAUAACUCAGAUCAAUGGAAUGGACUAUGGAAAAAAUAUUUGUGCACAAAAUACAUCAAGGAUUCAUCUCUCUCUCUCUCUCUCUCUCUCUCUCUUUUUUUUUUUUAAAUGAAGCAUAUGUCCUGUAUUGUAAACAAUGAAUGUGGAAUAUUUUCCUGUCUGACUUGAAAACCAGGAUCUUCCUCUUUUAUGUGGAUGUAUGUAGGCCUCCAGGAACCAUCUGGACAGAUUCUGGUGUGCAACAAAAGCUAGGUGAAACAAAUACUUAGUUUGCAGAUAACAUCUCAAAAAAUGUAUUACAGCUUUUAUUUUCAGUGUGCUCCUAUUGCUAGGGACUAAGUCUUGUUUUAGGCCUCCGUAUUAGUGUAUCUUGUGUAGUGCUCGAGAUUUAUCUCCCGUUUAAUUUUAAAAGUAUUUUAGUUGCUGUGUAAAUGUUUGGAAGCAGAGCAGCCUUGAGGCUUUUUAUUUUAAAAAAUUUGAUGUGUGUCACUUAAUUUAACAUUUUAUUUAGAAAGAUUCAGAAUAAGAAAGCCAUAUAUCAGAUAGUGAAGAUUAUGACUCAUUUACAGUCGUCAAUUAACUUAUUUUCCCAUUAUUUCUCCUCUCCCCACUCCAGUAUUGCUGAAUAACUUGAUUCAAAAGAGAAAUGUCCUCCAUGUAUAUGUUUAGCACACUUCGUGUACAUUGUUUCUUGAAACAACAGGGCAGUGUAUUAAUUCAUAAAUAUAUAUACAUAUAUAUUUUUUGCCAUUUUUAAACGUAUAUCCUAUACAAUGAUGCUGCAUACGGUUGUGGCUCCCCAAUGCAAUAAUGUAUAGGAGAUAAAUAUUUAUAGAAUUAAUUGUCUCUUCUGUCAAAUGGUUAUAUUAUUGUUCUGGCCCUCCUCAUCUCCAUGUUUCCCCACUCCAAAUUUGGAUACUGAAGACACAUCAUGUGCCGUUUGGGUCAAUGAGGGUACUCUCCAAAAACAUCUUUACCUGCAAUCUGUAAAGUAUGAAAUAUAUGUGUAUUUUUUAAAAGCACGUUUUUAAUAAAAUGAAAUGGA